AUGAAGCCUCCAGAAACAGUGCGGAAGUUCCUGGGCGUGGUAAACAAACGCGUGGGAAGCGUUCGGAAGUGGGAGGCCGGCUUGAAAGCCGUUCGCCCUUCCCCGGGCGGAGGAUUCAAAAGCGGGGAGGGGAGCAGCAGUCCUGUGGGGGUUACUAAAGCUGUCAAACGGGGGGGAAGGAUUAUUAUGAACAUGCUUCAGGAGGAGCAGCCCCACGGGAAAAUCUACAAUGCUCUCGAUACCUACUUUCCAGAGAGUGAGUCUCAGCUCCACCCCAAAGCAACCGCUCAGGACUUGGAGCUGGUACAAACAGCCCAGGAAAACUUCAGAGUUCUGGUACUGGGGUUGCUGAGUGAUCGCAGGCACCAGGAAAAAUAUGUGCAGGAGCAUCUGGAAAAUGAUUAUGGGGACUCUUUCCUGCAAGUGGUGGAGGAGCUGUUCAAUGAUUACUUGUGGCAACUGGAGCAGACUCUUCCAGAACCCCACUUCCAGCAGUUGUUGGAGGCUGCCAGCAUCCAAGGCUCCAGCCAGCCUCCCCAACCCAGUGCCAGCCUCCUCUCCCAGUACCUGGCAGCUGUGGGAUCCCAGCAUGCAAGAUGUCCUGAGCUUUCACCCUCUCCCAGUCAGUCAGGCUCCCCAUGUCAGAGUGAGGAGGACAGCCUUGGGGUAUCUCAGCCUUUCUCACCACAGCCAGGCAGGGGCAGAAGAGAGAAUUGUGUUUCCUGCAUCUCAGAAGAAAAUUCCCAGGGGCAUCACUCUGUCAACUGGCAAGCAGACGCAUCUGGGGAUCUUGUGCCAGAUACCGAAAGCGAGGGCAGCAGCUCCCCUUUCAAGGGUGAAUACCAGGGCACCCAUCACUGCACCCUAAUCCCCACCUUCCAGGAGCAUCUCAGAGACAGCAGGAGCCAGUAUGCUAGUUCUCCGAUGAGAUUAACCUCUCCAGCUGUGUGAUGGAUACACUCGUCCCCUCCAGCAAAUACACCCAAAGCCCAGCCCUUGUAAAUUAUUUUAGAGCUUUAUUCAGUAAACACUGUAAAAGCUUUGACUUCAUUCAUCUGGCCUAUGGGAGGGGAAUGGAAAAUUCAUCCACCCGUCUCAGGCUGAGGUGGUGGCGACGGUGGCUGCUUGUGCUUCCCGAGGCAGUCUCAGGAAAGCAGCGACGGAACUGUGAGACGUAAAGGCUCCUUUAAGUAAUGGAGUGUUUGAAGAGCGGUAGACCAAUAAAAUGAUCGCAAAUA